CUCAAACUCAGACCAAUCUCACCACAUUCCGACUUUCAAGCAUAUUAUUUCUUAAGAGCACUCACUGUUCUGAGGACAAAAGAAAAUAGAGUACUGAGUGAAAGUCACUUCGAAAAAAAAACAGAGAGAGCGAAGAAAAAAAUGGCAAUUCAACCAAGUUUUCCCAUUGUUGACAUGGCAAAACUCAGCACUGAUGAGAGAAAAACAACCAUGGAGUUGAUCAACGACGCUUGUGAGAACUGGGGCUUCUUUGAGUUGAUGAACCAUGGUAUAUCACAUGACCUCCUGGACACGGUUGAGAGGCUAACAAAGGAGCACUACAGACAGUGCAUGGAACAAAGGUUCAAGGAUAUGGUGGCAAGCAAAGGCCUUGAGGCCGUACAGUCCGAGAUCGACGACUUGGACUGGGAAAGCACCUUCUUUUUGCGCCAUCGUCCCACCUCAAACAUGUCCGAAAUCCCUGAUCUAGAUCAAAACUACAGGGAUGCAAUGAAAGAGUUUGCUAAAGAGCUGGAAAAACUGGCGGAGCAACUUCUGGACUUGCUGUGUGAGAAUCUUGGACUCGAGAAAGGAUACCUGAAAAAGGCAUUUUUCGGAUCAAAAGGCCCAACUUAUGGAACUAAGGUCAGUAACUACCCACCGUGCCCAAAACCCGAGCUGAUUAAGGGUCUCCGGGCUCACACCGACGCCGGCGGCCUCAUACUUCUCUUCCAGGACGACAAGGUCAGUGGUCUUCAGCUCCUUAAGGACGGUGAGUGGAUUGACGUUCCUCCAAUGAGACACUCCAUUGUCAUCAACCUUGGUGACCAACUUGAGGUAAUCACUAACGGAAAAUACAAGAGUAUUGUGCACCGGGUGAUAGCUCAAUCGGACGGUAACAGGAUGUCCAUAGCAUCGUUCUAUAACCCUGGAAGUGACGCCGUUAUCUUUCCAGCGCCGGCAUUGGUGGAAGAAGCUGCAGCGGACCAGAACGAAAGCCAAGCAAUUGUGUACCCAAAGUUUGUGUUUGAGGACUACAUGAAGCUCUACGCCGGACUGAAAUUCCAAGCUAAGGAGCCCAGGUUUGAAGCCAUGAAGGCCAUGGAAACCACCGUCAAUGUGGGUCCUAUUGCAAUUGUUUGAGAAAGUAAGAACAAGCUUUAUUUUAAUAUUUUAAUCAAAAAGAGCAAAACGACAGCAAAAUAGAUCAUGGGAUUUAGUUAAAUUAUUAGUUUGCGUCGUAUAGCUAUGUCUGUUCUUGUUAGUUAUGUUUUAUUAAAUGGGUGGCAGUGUUCUAUGAUGUUUGUAACUUAUAGUAGCUUUUAAAAACUUAAGCUUAUAUUAUAUUAUAAGCAUAAGUUGUACGGAGUAAAUAAUAAUAAGUUCGUGUUGUGUGUUGAAUUAACUUCAUGCGUUGAUGGUGUUAAUGUUACGCUUUUGAAAAGAUAAAUAUAUGUUAAAGCUGAGCUUUUUAAGAUUU